AUGUCCUAUUGGAAAUCCCUUCAAAUAUGGUAUAUGUGUGGUGAUAAGAAAUUUACACCAUCAAAAUGGAUACCUUUUCUUAUGAUUUUAUGGUUCGCAGUUAUCUGUUGUAUGGCUGCUGUAAAUAAUUUUGGUGAAUUGAUCACUACAAGAAUUUUACUAGGUGUCGCUGAAGCAGGAUUUUCACCUGGUGCAUUUUUUCUAUUGAGUAUGUGGUAUAGGCAAUCACAACUUGCUGCAAGAUUUACCAUAUUCUUUUCUGGAAGUGCUUUAGCUGGAGUUUUUGGUGGACUUCUUGCUUAUUUUAUCGUGGGAAAUAUGGAUGGAAAAGUAAAUUUAGAAGGAUGGCGAUGGUUGUUCCUGCUAGAAGGACUUGCUACAUUUGUUAUUUCAUUGAUUUCCUUGUAA